AUGGCUAAAAGAUUGAAGAUGGAAGGCUAUGCUCCAGACACAAAUGAGGUUUCCUUUGACAUUGAUGAAGAAGAAAAGGAAACUGCUCUGUUUAGACAUAGUGAGAAGCUAGCAAUUGCCUUUGGGCUACUGACUAUUAGUCCACCAACACCAAUAAGGAUAAUGAAGAAUUUGCGAAUAUGUAAUGAUUGUCACACUGCAGCAAAGCUUAUCUCCAAAGCUUAUGCCCGCGAAAUUGUGGUGAGGGAUCGGCAUCGCUUUCACCACUUCAAGGAAGGGGCUUGUUCUUGCAUGGAUUAUUGGUAG